CUCUCUCUCUCUCUCUCUCUCUCUCUCUCUCUCUCUCACACACACCUAUCUUGGCCACCGUCCUUCGUUAGUAGGCCGUCACGCGUGUAGUUCCGCGCAGCUCCGUGCGGCGCUGUCCUCCGGCCCCCAUGAUUUCGUGACCACCCGUCACACUGUGUAGUUUCGCCAUCGUAUCGCCGACAGCGGGGAAACAGUUUUCCCUCGGGCUUUCGGCGUGUCGCUGAGGCAACCGGUGCACGACGACGCAUCCGCGCGACGGACGCGAGAAGAUGCUCGCGGCCGAUCGCGACCGUAACGUGACGCGCACGUCGAGCGGUGAGAUCGCGCCGUACCACGCGACAUUAUCAUAGGCUGGCCACCCUGCACAAAGAGAGCCGGGAAGGGGAAGGAAAGAAGAAAGAGGGAGAGAGAGAGGACGUGUUGUAGGACCCCGAGAGAGAGACGUUCCUCUAAGGCCGUCCACAUAGCGCUUCCUCCGUCACCGUGGUGUGUCGCCGUUGUGAAACGCGCGUCGUGAUACACAUGCGCGCGCGCGCGCGCGCGCGUGUGGGGAUACACUUCUCGUACACGUUUAGAAUAAUAGCACCGUGAGGACGUCGUGCGUGUAGUGUACAUCGUUAUCUCGCUAUUUCGCGCUCAUCGUCGCGCAUCGGCCAUCAGACUCGCAUGCUCGCACAUCUCACGUUUUGCAACUCAUUCCUACGGAGAGAUGGCUGGUGUUGGCAAAAGAGCGCUUUUACAUGAGGUCAAUCCUCAUCUAAUUUGUCCUCUGUGCCGGGGCUAUCUUAUAGACGCCACAACCGUGGUGGAGUGCCUACACUCCUUUUGCAGAAGCUGCAUCUUGAAGCAUCUCAGCAAAUCAGCGCACUGUCCAUCGUGCAAACAUGCGCUCAACAAGGCUAAACCAAAUAUCAAAGCCGACAAGGCUUUACAAGAUAUCGUGUACAAACUGGUACCCGGGCUGUAUCACAAGGAGAUGCGGAAAAGGAGAGAGUUUUAUAAAAAGCAUCCCGAGCACGCGGACUCCGCUACACCGGAGCAACGUGGCGAAGACGUGAGCGGAAGAUUGAUCUUCGCCCCGGAGGACGCGGUGAGUUUGAGCCUGGAGUACCUACCGCCGGGAGUAGAUCCGUUGGCCAUAUUGAGCACCACGGACACGGAUACGAGCAACUCGAAUGGCAACGAUACUGACGACAGUUAUACUAAUACUAACAAUAACAACAACAACAACAACAACAACAACAACAAUAAUAACAACAACAACAAUCAUAAUAACGGGAACAACAGAAGGUAUCUGCAGUGCCCGGCUCUGGUGACCAUCGCGCACCUGAAGAAGUUCUUGGCGCUCAAGUACAGUGUCGAUAUGACGAGAUACACCAUCGAGAUCUGCCACCGGCGUGCGCCACUCCCGGAGCACUGGACUCUCAUGGACGUUGCUUACAUUUACGCUUGGAAAAGAAUUGCUCCGAUGAGAUUUUUCUACCGAGUGGCGCAAGAAGAGCAACGACUCGAGGCUCCGUUGCACCAAAGGCCGUCGACUCCAGGACUCGGAGCAUGUUUACCACCGAACGAUGCUGUUGUUAUCAAUGCGAAGGAUGACAGUAAUUCAGACGCUUCCAUUGAUCGAUCAGCGACUCCGGAAUCGGACGCAAAACUGGCGGACGAUGAGGCGUCUAUGGCGAAAGAGUUGAGUAAAGUUACGAGUGACAAAGCGGAUUCACCCACGGACAACAGGCAGAUUGAUGACAAGUUAACCGUGAAAACCGGGGCGAAUAAAACCAUAACGACGACGACGAUGACGACGAUAACGACGACGUCGGCGUCGCCGUUGGCGUCGGCGUCGGCGUCGGCGUCAACGACAGCCACGGAAGAUGGAGUAACCAAGACUACGUUAUCAUCAGGGUUAACAAUGACGAAUGCAAAAACAAUAUUGACUACAUCGGCAUCGACCGUGAUAAGUACGACAACGACGAUGGCAGUAACGACGACAAUGACAACUACAAUGACAACAACGAUGGCGACGUCGACGACGAUGGCAACGUCAACAACGAUGGCGGCGACGAAGACGACGAUGGCGACGUCGACGACGAUGGCAACGUCAACAACGAUGGCGGCGACGAAGACGACGAUGGCAACGAAGACGACGACGAUGGCGACGUCGACGUCGACGACGACGACAACGGCGAUGUCGACGUCGACGUCGACGUCGACGACGACGGCGAUGACGACGACGACGACGACGACAACAGCGACAACGAGCAACGAUACGAACAAUAAGCAGAUGAAGAGCCCGAUUAAAAUAAUGAAGAAUCCAGACGGCAGAUACGAAGUGCUGAGGAGUACAUCGACUAGUUGGAACGGAAAAGAGCAAGCAAACGCGACCGCCACUACCGGAGCUCUGCCGGACGUGAAACCUGCAAAUCCUGAAUUCAGUGUUGUGAGUAUAGGGAACGGGCAGAAUUCCAACGGCGUGAAAAUUACACUGAAACAAUGUUCGCCGGCAAGCAGCACGAACACGAAGAAACCGAAAGUCAUAAGUAAUGUUAUGGUGCGUUGCGGUCAACAAUUAGAAAAAGAGACAUCAGAUGCGUUAGUAAUUCAACCGUUGCAAAAGGACUUACAAAAGGACGUUGGAAAAGAGCUCUUCUUGUCGCCUCCGGGACAAGGUAAGCAGCAACAGCAGCAGGAGAAACACCGACGCAAAGUGACAUUUGUAGAUCGGCCGAUGCCCGAGAAGACAUCUCCCAGCAGUGGUGUUGCUGGCAUGCCAAAAACCGCACUGAAGAAGCCGGUUGAGCAGCAGGACAAGAAGCAGUUCCUACAGGGUUUUCAGUUGACCGCCAGGGAAUCCUUGGCGGAGAACGUCAAGCUGAAGUCUUCUAUCCGAAACCUCAGUACAGCCGGUGAAAACAGUUACUCUCAGAGAAAAGAUAACGCUAUGCCGAAGAUAGAGGGACCUCCCAAGAAGGAUACCACGAUGCACAGUGUGGUCGACGAGGUCAAAAGUAAAAUCAUUGUCGAGAACAGCGGCCCGAGCGUGAAUAACAGCAAUAGCUCGGCAAGCACGGUCGUGAAACGUGUCAGUGGGAUGCCAGCAAGUAAUCAGCGUACUUAUGCGACUAAACUUUUGGACGAUUUCGACACGCAUAUGUCAUCCAGCUCGGGUACCAGCAGCUCAGCAAGUGCGAGCGUCAAGGCGAACGCGAACGGUGGUCAUUCGGCGGCUAAGAUGGACGUGUAUACUUUCCAUUCUAGCGAUCCGCCGAUUGUCCCGGCCGGAGCUGUGAAAAGAAAAUGUCCACCGGGUGUCCCUAUCAAUGACUUGAAGCGCAGGCGGCAGUACACCCAGCCGCAAAAUCAAGGGCCUAAGAAACAGCUCGAAGCCCCUCCGAAUGCAUCACCGCCAAAGGUACCGCGCGCUUUGUCGGAACACAUGGUUCCCGCGAGCAAAACGAGCAGCAGUAUAUCCGACUACCACAAUGUUCCAAGUCGUUCAGUGCCCAACGUGAACGCAAAAACCCCCAGCGGUCCGUUACUUUCCAGCGACACCAGGAAUCUCUUAGACGGCUGCGGCUUGAACAUUCCGUCGAGUCUGAGCAUAACGCUGACCUCGCCGAAGUCUCCAGGAACUUCUGGGCAGUAUGCCGAGACAAGCGACAGCAACGACGGUCGCAAGGCAGUAGCGCUGGGAAAGAUGAAUCCAACUAUCACGUUGAAUGACCGGUCAGUCGAUCCGCGUGUGUUGAAGGCACUAAAAACUGGCCAGAUCAAAAUGCCAGCACCGACAAAAACGAAAUUGCCGCUCACUAAGCAGACCGAUCAAAGCGACCAGCAUCAGCAGCAAGUACGAGGUACAACGCCGGCGAAGCGUUCCAGAAGAGAUCAGGAGUCCAUUCUGGAUCUCAGUGGUGGCGGCAAGAAAAUGGACAUGCACACUCUCAGGAUCCCUCAACCUGUGACGAAGCACAAAGCUAACAACAAAAUGACCAACAGGGACAGUUUGCCGGACGGUAUUUCCGAUCAAGGUCAAGUGGUGACGCUCAUGGGUGGUCACAGGUAUUACCGUGCUCCACCGGGUUCUCUCACGCCUGCCGCUCACCGUGUCAACGAGUGUCCGCCGCUCCCGACGCCGUCGCGUGCACCUGUCUAUGCGCCGACUCUCGGCGACCUCAACCGCGGCGGCACGAAUCUCACGUCCGUCUUCCCGAGUUUGAGUCUCUACGUGCUAAGCCAGUCGCCGAAUCUACAACAGUACCAGAUGGACGGACGGCUGAGACUACCGUCAUCGCCGCGCGCCGCCGCAGAAAGCAUUGCGUCCGCCGUGGUCGGCGGCAGCGACAGCGACGUGAACUCCAGCGGGUUGAGUAGCGGCACCCCAAAUAAGACUCACUUGGCUGCUCAGUGUGCGCCGGUGAAGCCCGCCAGGUCGUCCAUGGCGUCUUUAGCAGUUCCUAUCAACAAGCAGCAGCAGCAGCAGCAGCAGUCUGUCGAUAAGUCCAUCAGCAGCAGAAGCUUGCCGAGUGACACGAGCAAGCCGGCGACGUUGCAACGCAGCAACGAAACUCCUGUGGAUGAGAGUUGCGUUCCUCCGCGUUUGAGCGUGCAAACGAGAUAUUCGUCGAAUGCCGAGAACGCGAACAAAUUCUCCUCGCGUAGCAACGCCGACGCUGCAAAGAGCAAUGACCAGAAUAUCGAUCAUUCCAAAGACUCAGUCGCGGGAACCAGAAACGAGUCGAUGGACAAUUCGAAGCAGCAGCAUCAUGAUACCGCAAGCCCAAGGGUAUCGUCGACGGCUUCGCCGUCGCCACCUCCUGGCAAUAACAGCGUGAGCUCGCGGAACGACGGUACCGCCGUUAGUCACUGCGAUAGCAAUGGUAACAACACUUCUAAUAGCGGAGCAGUCAGCACUGUUGCGAAGGCAACUUUGUCAAGUCCGCCGAAAAGCAAGGUUGACACAAGAAGCUGCAAAUCUCCAGCGAGCCCGGAUUCCAGUUCAGUCACAGUGGAGAGUCUAACAGGCAAGGGUUGCGCGACUUCGACGGACUCGGCAACGCCGACUGACAGCCACACGACGACGGACACAACGAAAUCUUCUGAACCGGUUGUGAAGCCGAGCGACGGUAACAUUAUCGAAGGCACGACCACGACUGCCGACGACAAGAGCAAGACCGCCAAUCAAUCGGUUGAUGCCAAACAACAAUUGACCACCGAGAUAGUCCAGAAGAGACUGCUCGCGGUCUUCCCAUCGAAUGAAUGGGCGAACAAUCCCGAGGCCGCCGAGCACUUAGGGAACUUUCUCAAGAGCCUGAAUGCUACGAUCAAGAGCGAUGGACACAUCGAGGAGUCCAAAGCGGACAAGAUCGAGCGAAAGACUCCCGUCGUAAGUGACGCCGCCAUAGUGGCCCACGACGUCGCCGUGAAGACCAAAAAGGAUGUCGUUGAGCGUUCGUAAUGGUUCCUUCGCCGUCGACGGGAUGAGUUUCACAUAGAACCUUCUUCGAGACAUCGGUGACCGCGAACUUCCAACUUGCUUCCUCUGCAGCGAUAGUGAUCGCGUCUCAGCCGGAGAUCAUGCCGCUAUCAUACACACGGUUGUCACGCAGAAAAUCUAUAUUUUUACUCGACUACUGAGAGACUCCAAGGUUGACUAACAGCUCGACUAACAGGACUGGCACGAGCAGAAGCAAGAGGAAGCACGCGAUGUUGUUUAAUGGGCUGUCAGGCGAAACACUGCCAUAAUGAAUCAAAGGAUGCAUGCGACUCUCAUCGUUCCCGAUUGCAGACGCACACAGCGUUACUAUGUACGAUUUCUUACGCAAUGCGAAGUCGAGCAAUCUCCCAACCAGGGAGAGCGAACGUAUAUCAUAAGGUUUAUACGGCGUAUAUAGGGUGAGAGAAAGUGAGUGUGUGUGUGUAUGUGAGAGAGAGAGAGAGAGAGAGAGCGAGUUUUAUUUUUUCAAAUUUAUCAAAGAUGCGCAUCUUUCACACGUACACUUGAGAUGUUAGUGAAUUUGGUAUGCAUGAAACCGCGUUACCAAUUCGAGGCUAUAUUGUUUCAUAACAUUCCGGAAGUGAGAAUUUGAAAAUCGACUUGUGUCAGAGAAAAGAACAUGCGAUUUUUUUCUUUUUCUAUCGUGGCUUACGACUUACAUAAAUUGUUGGCAGUGUGUUGGCAGAUUGGCAACAGAUCAGACCAGAAUAUCGUAGCAGAUGUAUAGCAACUAUCUAUGUUUGCAUUGAACUUGUGUUGACAGAGCUUGCUUAUAUAUCUUGACAGGAUCUGCAAUGUUCCAUUUAAACACAUUGAAAAUAAAAACAUGUACAAAUUAAACAAAUGGAGAUAAAUCGAAACGAUAUGCUUCGUUGAAACUAUUGUAGAACGACAACUUUUGAUCGGUUGUGCCGUCAAUUUAACGUCAUGCAAUGUCUCUGUUAGCAGAUUCUGUUGAAUCUCCUCUGUUAACAAACUGCCGACAAAAAUGUGUGCCAGACCUCGCGCACAGGUUGUCUUUUUUUUUUUACGUUUUUAGCUAUCCGAGUGUAUCUCUGCUUUACAAGCAGGCUGAUUCCUCCGGAUAGAAUGUAUACAUUCACGAAGGAUCAAUGCUCCGUUUAAAAAAGUGUCUGACUCGUUUAAUAUUGAUGAUAUUAAUUUGAUGUUGUUAAUAUCAAGGUAUAUGAUGCGAAAACAGUUUGGUGCGUACAAACAGAUCUUUAUUACGAAGUGGAAAUUGAACGUGCAUGACGCAUUCUUGGAAAGUAUGAGAGGAAUUUUUCCAACGAAUGUUGAAUCCGAAUGGCAUUGUUAGUAACCUACUUUAUGUUAUGUUUUACUUAUUUACUUAUUAGUUACAUGCGUUACGCUAUAUAAUUGUACAAUAAUUGUUAUGUUAUACGCAGUUUCGCGGUAUGUCGCAUGUAUCAUAUUAAUUGUAUUAUUUUGUGAUUGUAUAUAUUUAUAAUUAUUGAUUACGAUAAAGAAACGUACGUGAAAGCAUCUGUUAAUUUGUAAGGCAGAGAUCGAAUUGAUCAAGAGUGCAUUUCUUGUGUUUUACAUAUAUUGACUUCGAAGAACCAAGGUAUGUAUGUCAGUAAACGGAAAAUACAUCAUUAUACACUCGA